AUGCUAAGAAUCUGCGUGAAAAGGACAUAUGUAAGGGUCAAUCUUCCAAUAUUAUGUCCAGCACUCCAAACAAGGAAGGCGAAGUUACAUAUAAGAGCUGGGCUAAAUGUUGAAACAAGCAGUAUAGGCAAAAAUGGUUCAAACAAAAUACACGUCGAUGUAAAUGAUUUACAAAAACAAGCUGAACUUGAAAAAGCUGCAAUAAAGGAAUUGGAAAAAAAUCUACAUUAUCAAAAAUUCGCUGAGGCAUUCAACACUCAUGACCACGUCCACUUACGAGAAUCAGAGGUAGAACAGAAUGAUUCGGUUUCAUUGGGCUCGAUACGGGACUACAAAAGCAGUCGCAAAUCCGAACAUUCCCAUGUGCCUUUAUCGUUACCCUUGCAUUCUCAUUCCCAUGGACAUACACACUCCCAUGCUACACAUAAUCCAUUACUAGUACUCAGUACCGAGCAGAUAAGAAAAAAUGCAGGUGUAAGAAUUACAUGGGUAGGCUUAGGCGUAAAUGUUGGUAUUGCCAUAGGUAAAUUUUUUGGUGGUAUCGUAUUCCAUUCACAAGCGUUGUUUGCGGAUGCUAUCCACGCAAUAAGUGAUAUGGUUUCUGAUUUGUUGACUUUGCUUUCAGUGGGGCUAGCAGCUAACAAGCCUACCUCUGACUAUCCAUAUGGGUACGGGAAAAUUGAAACCGUAGGUUCUUUGGCCGUCUCUACAAUAUUGGCCAUGGCUGGUAUAUCUAUCGGCUGGAGUUCUCUAUGUGCACUAGUAGGACCCAUAAUUCCACAUGCCAUUAUUGAAACCUUAGGAAGCAUAGGACAUGCUCAUACUUACUCUGAAGAUAUCAUUGAGGAUUUUACUGAUAUAAACGCGGCUUGGAUUGCCGCCGCUUCCAUUGCAGCCAAAGAAUGGAUAUUUAGAGCCACAAGAAAGAUUGCUAUCGACACUAAUUCAAAUGUGCUAAUGGCAAACGCUUGGCAUCAUCGUGUUGAUUCACUGACUUCUCUUGUUGCUCUGGUGGCAAUUAGUACCGGUUAUCUGGUUAAUAUACAGUCACUGGACACAAUCGGCGGCUUAAUUGUGUCGGGGCUGAUUAUCAAAGCCGGUGGUGAGGGUAUGUGCAUUGCAAUAAAGGAACUAAUCGAUCAAUCGGUAUCUCAUGAUGAUCCGCGUUACCUAGAACUAAAAACAUUAGUUAAAGAUACGUUGAACAAACUGAUUUCUAAUAAUAAUUCAAAGAGACCGUAUGGAGUAAAAGAAUUGACAUUAUUGUCUUCAGGGCCAAAUCUACGUGGUCAUUUAACCUUGGAAGUUCCUUUACAGAAAUGGGGAAAUACUUUAGGUGUCAACGAAUUCGAAAUUGUAACUCACCAUUUACGCGAUGUAUUAACUAACGAUAUAUCAAAUUUAAGAAGGUUAGAUAUCGAAUACGUUGAGGAGAAGGGAAAUGAAGAAGAUGAUCGAGCAAAAGUAUCACAAAAUUACGAAAAAGUACUCCUUCCCAAACAUGACCAUGGGCACACACAUAGUUGA